AUGGGUGAUACAAGUAAAGAGGACAGACCGACGUCUGUCGAAACGGAGGUUUCUGAUGUUGAGGGCGAACCAAAGAAGCUCAAAUACCCCCGAGCCAUUCCUUUCAUCAUUAGCAAUGAAUUCUGUGAAAGAUUCAACUAUUAUGGCAUGCGCACGGUCCUGGUGCUUUAUCUUACAAGAAAGCUGGACUUUGAUGAUGAUACGGCCACUGUGCUAUACCACACCUUUACCACUCUUGUAUAUUUUAUGUGUGUGAUCGGUGCCAUCAUUGCUGACAGUUGGUUGGGUAAAUUCCGCACCAUCUUAUACCUUUCAAUCGUUUAUACGAUCGGAAGUGGAUGUAUUGCAUUGGGAGCUAUUCCGACCUGGGAUCUGAACGCGCGUGCAAUGACUAUCGCCGGUCUUCUACUGAUCGCCUUCGGUUCAGGUGGCAUCAAGCCAUGUGUGGCCGCGUUUGGCGGAGAGCAAUUUAAAUUGCCAGAGCAGGCCAAAUAUUUGGCCCUGUUUUUCUCCAUGUUUUACUUUGCGGUCAAUUCAGGCUCAUUUGUGUCGACCAUGGUGACGCCGAUAUUGCGCGAGGAUGUGAAAUGCUUUGAUGACGACGACUGCUUCCCACUCGCGUUCGGUGUUCCCGGAUUGCUCAUGGUGGUUUCCAUCAUCAUCUUUAUCAUCGGGAAACCGUUGUAUAAAAUAUCCGCACCAUCGGGCAACAUGUUUGUCAAAGUUUCCAAAUGUAUUUGGACAGCCAUACGGACGCGCUCGAAAGAGAAAUCUGUCAACCCUCGGGAGCAUUGGUUAGAUUACUCAGAGAAACGGUGGGGUCGUCAGCUGGUUGAUGAAACGCGGAUUCUACUAAAUGUCUUGCGACUAUACAUUCCUCUACCUGUAUUCUGGGCCCUCUUUGAUCAGCAGGGUUCGCGAUGGACUUUCCAAGCGACGCGAAUGGAUGGUGACUUAGGCUUUUGGACUAUUAAACCGGAUCAGAUGCAGGUCAUUAAUCCACUGUUGAUCCUGGUAUUUAUACCGCUCUACGAGGUAGCAUUUUAUCCACUGCUAAGUAUGGUCGGAAUUCGUCGACCACUACAAAAACUCACGCUUGGUGGCAUUUUCGCUGGACUCGCGUUUGUUAUUUCGACAAUCGUUGAAAUUCAGCUGGAAUCUACAUAUGCCGUCAUUCCGGAAGCUGGCGAAGGGCAACUACGAAUAUUCAACGGCAUGAACUGUGACUAUCGGGUGCAAACCACCAUUCCUGAACACACUGACUUCAUUUUGAAGCGUAUGAGCAUGUUUGAAGAAAAGUAUCUCAGCGUGAACGGUAAAGCGAGUUACACCUUUACAUUAUCGUCCAGCGAUCCAGGACCUGACUGCAGUCUUCAGCUAGAGGGAAUCUUUGAGCUGGAAGAAGAGAAGCAAUUGUCUUACUUUAUCAACAAACGGGGUAACGUUAUUGGCACGCUGAGGUACGAGGAUGAUACAGACAAAUCUUCCAAGGGCUAUCCGAUAUACCGUGUGCUUGGCAAUACAGCUACCAAUCGUACUGUUGUGUUUCGCGAUGUUGAUAACUCUAAACCAUUCGACCGACACACAAACGGAUCAUUUGUAUACGACCUUGUGGAAUCCUACCCAUCAGAUUACGAAAUCUCCGUCGAUGGAGAGCUAGCGUUAACCUACACAAUGCGUCUUGGUGGCGUAUAUGCCUUCAUAGUAACCGAUGUAGAUAACAAUCGCAGGAUCGUUGAACCGAUAAUCGUCACCGAACCCAACUCGAUCAACAUGCUCUGGUUGAUCCCGCAAUAUGUUGUUAUGACACUGGGGGAGGUUAUGUACUCUAUCACGGGACUUGAAUUUUCAUUCACUCAGGCGCCGGAGAGUAUGAAAUCUGUCUUACAAGGCUGCUGGCAGCUUACCGUUGCAGUUGGAAAUUUGAUCGUGGUAAUUGUGGCGGAAGCAAAAAUAUUUGACGCGCAAAAAUGGGAAUUUGUCCUUUUUGCCGGCUUAAUGUUUGUCGACAUGGGAUUGUUCUCAAUUCUGGCCUGGCGCUACAAGGAAAUUCCGCUUAAAAAGUACGAAGAGGAUGACGCAAACGCAACACUUUCGGUUGAACAAAAAGAAGAUAAUGGGUUCGAUAAUCCUGCCUUUAAGAAACAGUUCGAUGAAUGACCAGUGGCUUGUGGUUAAAACUAGUUGGAGUUCGUUAAUUUGCUUUCUCCCUUUAUGAAUUCACCGUACUCACAAUAAAUAAAAAU